CCUGUAUUAUUUGCAAACAAAAAUAAAUAGAAUAUUCAGUGAGACUGUCUGCAUAAAUAGAAAAUUUUGUUUAUUUUUGAGCGUGUAAAAAGAUCGAAUAAUGGUUUAUAUACAUUUUCCUUCAACUUUAACUGAAGAGGAGCAUAUGCUACAAGCCAAAUAUCAAAAGCUAAAGAAGAAGAAAAAAGCCUUGCAGGCACUCAAAGCACCUAAACCGGAACCCGAGAAGCCACUAACUUUAAAAAGACCCACUGACGCGCGUGAUGCACGAGAAGUUGCACGGAAGUUAAUCAAAAGUGGUGCUAUACCAGCGAUUCAGAAACAACAAACUAAACAGGAUCAAACAUCAUUUAAACGUCCCAAAGGUCAAGAGCGUGCCAAGCGCGCGCCUGAGACAAGUGUAGCCGCGUAUCAACCAUUCUCAUCGACACAAAAUGAUGUGGCACAGGAAACUAUAAUCAGUGAGAUAAUUAAGGAGGAACCACGCAUACAAAAUUUAUAUCAACAUUUCGCCACCGAACGCGACCGUGAAGAGCGUGGUUUGAAUGAUAAGAACUCGUUGGACUCUUCGCAGCCGGAAAAGCCACGGGCUGGUAAUACUAUAUUCGUGUCGGGCAAUAAGGUUACAGAAGAGUUUUUGAAAAAAACCUUCAACGAUUAUGGUACAAUUGUGAAUGUAUCGAUGGAAAUAGAGAAGGGUCGUGGUUUCGUAUCGUUUGCCAAGCCAGAAUCGGCAGAUCGCGCUAUUGCCGAAAUGCACGGCAAAAAUGUUAAUGGCAUUAAUUUGCAAGUGCAACUUGCGCGGCGCCAGCCACAGAUUGAACCUAUUAACGACGCCUCAUCAUCGGCUGUGUGGUCGUCUAUUGCCGCCAACACCUCUCAGAAGGGCAGCCACAAAGAUCGCCGUGAAAUGGUUCAAUAUGACGAUGUAUUUUUAUUAUAAGUUUAUUAACAAUAAAAUUGGAUAUUUUUAAAGAAAAUUAAUGUCACAAUCAACCCUUACACAAAAACAAGAAAAGAAUUUCAAGAAA